ACCACUAAAAACCCUCGCGAUGCUGUCGUCGGCUGUCGUCAUCGUUCCCACUGCUCGUUGCCCACCGGCAUUCUUAUUCCUUUGGCCUGGAUCGACACUCCCCAACCAACGACGCUUGUUGUCGGCUCCCUGACCGCCUCGGAUGCUCUCACAACACGUGCCCCACGCCUCCAUUCAGCCAGAAUAUCAAAGUUAAAAAUAUCCCGGUUGGCCAUCUGCAAUAGCAUCUGUGCUCGCACCCCUGCCCGUUGCAUUCCACCCCCCGUCACCUACACCUACUUAAUCAAUGUCGAUCGUAUGGUUCUCCAUGCCAACAGUCUGCCGUUUUAG